AUUUUAUUAUAUGGGUAAAAUUUAGAUAGAAAAAGAAGAUAAAGAUUUAAAGAAGGAUAAAAAGCUAAAUAAAAAGAAAUAAGUUUCUUUUAAAGGUGAUAUGGAUGUUGAAAAACCUAGAGGUAUUAAGAAGAAAGUGAUAAAAUAAACUAGUGAAUAAACUAAACAAAAAUAAAUAAAAAAGAAAGUACAAUAACUAAAUCAAAUUAAAACUUAAACUUAAACAGAUACACAAAAGAAGAUCGAAAUAUUUAAAGAAUUCAAUAAAAAUAUGGAAGAACAGAUUCAGAUUCCAAAAACGUCAACCAAAGGUUAAAGGGAAAGAUUGCUAAAAAAAUAAAAACUUUUAAAAAAGAAAGUACAAUAUAAUUAAUAUGAAAGUUGUUGGAUAAAUAUAUUAUUACAAAAUAGAAAUAAGAACCAUAGACUUUUAUAUUAGAUUCUUUGAAAAAUAAUUUAUAAUUAAUUGAUUAGCAAAACUAAGAAAAAUAAAAGUAAUUAGAAUUAGAAAAGAAUAAGGGUACUUCAAGCCAUUUAAGAAACAAGUUGUUGAAGGAAGAUCAAAUAAGAAUGAAACAAGUAUUCCAAAUAAAACCAUUUUAAGACAAUCCCUUAGCAACUAUGAAAAUGCAUCUUGAAAAUACAUAUUCUAAAAAGUGA